AGCUGUGUCAGGUUUCUGAUGAAAACAUCUCAUCAAUUCAUCUGCUGUGGAGGUUUAGACGGAUUUGAAAGAUGAGAGGGAACUUACUUAGAUUGUUUUUUCUUUUUAAAUAUUGCAUUUGCAACGAUGUGCAGAACUUUGAUGGAGAAAUCAGGGACUUUGUAGUUGGUAACAGUAAAUUGUUUGUUCUUACUGAUCGUCGACUACAUCAGAUGAGACAUGAUCUAUCUGUGGAAAAGACUAAGGAUUUGGAUGCCACACAUCCAGACGCAGUUACACUUCUGGUGCCUUUUGAGGCGAACGACAUCCUGAUUACAUGCGGAACAUCUAACGGUGGAUACUGUGAAGUUCUUGAUCUCAAUGAUGUUACAAACAGCAUUUACUGGGAAAGCAAAUCUAGUAUACCAGAGAGAAAUGAGAAAUCCGUAGCAUUCAUAGUGGAUAGCAACCCUAAUAACAGCCCUAAUGGUGCUUACCUGUUGGUUGGGAGGAAGGACGAUAGUGCCAAUAAAAUGCAUACUAUUGUCGCCUUGUGGAACACUUUAGAUUCUCAACCAGGCACUAUUUUCUCUCCAUUAGACAACGGAUCAACUCCCUUCAUUCGUACAGAAAGAUACGUAGAGUUUAUAGAUGGGUUUCAGAUCAGUUUGCUUAAACUCUCAUACCUGUUUCUCAACGCAAAGACUGAGUCCGGUUCGCAAGCGUUUGCCCUCAGGUUAAACAAUGCCAAAGGAAGCAAGAAAGACAUUCUGAGGAGCAUAACUGGAACAAUGUUAAAAUGCUGUAAUGAUAAAUCUCGUCCUGUCCUCAUCGCAUCAGCUUUUAUUCCCUCAGAUAAAGCUGUGAUCUGGACAGGUGUCUUCAGGGCGCAAAAUGAUCUAGAGGACACCGCGCUCGCUGUUUACGACCUCACUAAUGUUGAUGGCAAAGUUAAAGAUUUCUGCUUCAUCGGCGAGACAUGUAGUUCACAGGGGAUGCCAGUAGCAGUAGUUUUCAAAUACAACUCAAUGAGUUCAGUAGCAGCAGUUAGGAGUGAAUCCUGGACUGAGCUCUUCGUUGGAACCAAAGAUGGACAACUGAUAAAGGUUGUGUUGGAUGAGAGUUUUAGUCCAGGCUGUCCCACAGUGCUGUACAGAUCUGAUGAUGAUCAGGAAGUGCUUCCCAGGAUGCAUUUAGAUCCAGUAGAUAACAAACAUAUCUACAUAGCUCUGAAAAACCAGAUCAGAAGAGUUCCUGUGGUUCAGUGUGUUAAACACAACUCUCUGAGAGACUGCAGAGCUGCGCUGGAUCCUCUCUGUGGUUGGUGUGUUGAGACACGCAGAUGCUCCACCCAGGAUGAAUGCUUGAAAUCCUCAUGGAUAUCCUUCCCAAAUAACUCCAUUCAGAAACCACUGCUGUCUUUUCAGGUGGCAGAGAAAUCCUCUAGAGAGAUGACUCUACAUCUCACCUUGAGGCUGGACAGCACACGAAAUCCUGCUAUCUUUUCGUGUACAUUCACCACAGCGGGUGUAAACCUGUGUGAUAGAUCUGAUCCUCCUGCAGUUUUUCCAAACUGCUCCUGUGGUUUUUCAGACCAGCUUCUGUCUAGUGAAGGUUUGGAGAUUUUAGCUUCAGUUAUUGUUGAGGAUCAGAAGAUCACAGAGACCCUGAUGCUGAAGAACUGCCCCACUAUUACAGAUAAUUCACCAAAGACUUCUUAUGCACAGUGUGUGCAGUGCGUCUCAGCUGGAUGUCAUUGGUCCUCUUCUGUCAAGCGUUGUGACUGGACACAGGGACCUGAACCACAAUUACAGAUACAAGAUGUUUGCAAAGAUUUACACUAUGAUACAGACUAUAAAGUGCCAGAGACUUUCACUAUAAAGCCGAACAGAGUUUCUUUCCAUGGCAGAAACAAUGUUUUACUAACAGGAAGCAACCUGGGAUCGGUCACCAAAAUUCGUAUUCAAGGGGAUCUGGACUGCAUUCCAAAUGAGUCUCCUGUGUUUGGUCUUUCGAGUGAUAGUCUAAGGUUCCACGUUCCUCCCAGUAAAACUAAAGGAACAGCAAAAGUGUGCGCUGUUACUGAGGAUGAUCGUUGUCAUGGUAACAGCAUCAUCACUUACAGUUCCCAACCCAGCUGCACAGGAAUACAACCCAAAGUCACCUGGAGAAGUGGUGGAAGGAAGAUUCACGUACAGGGAAACAAUAUGGAGUUUGUGGAAUCAAUCAUUGUGCAUCCCUCCAAUAAAGAGAUCAAAACCCAAUACAACACAAGCUCAAAGGAUUUAUGGUUUUACACCCACCCUUAUGAUGGCAAUGGUCUCAUUAAUUUGAUGUUGAAAGUUGGGAAUGUCACUUUAAACUGUGCUAGUUUGACCACCCAGCCUGAUCCAGAGUUCAUUGGAUUUACAACUGCACCCAUGGACAAUGAUGUACUGGUGAUUAUAAAGGGCAUUGUGAUGAAGGAUGAGUUUUUCCAAGUUUUUCCGCUUGUUAAUCCUGCGAAAAAAGUGCUUUUGUCAAAUGUGCCUCCGUUUAUAAGCGAUGGGAUAAUUGAACAACAGAGACAGCUGUUUAUGAUUUUAAAUAAUGAUGUGGAGGAAUUGAAUAUUGUGUUAAAAUUUAAAGUCGAUGGAUUUGAUUAUGUGAUUUUUGCAACAACUGAGACGAUGAAGUGUUUUAAAUGUGGGACUCAUGGUCACUUAGCUCGGAUGUGCACUGAACGAGCGACGCCUGCGCAGGCUGGGGUAAGAGAACAAAGUGAAGCGCAGGCAGGUACAUCUACCGCGGGAAGCGGCGGUGCAGCAAUCAAUGAGAACGAGCGGGGAAUACCUCAGGGCAAUGAAAGAUCAGAUGUUGAGAAACGAGGGGUUGAUAAAGAAGUGGAAAAUGCUAAAGAGAAAAGUAGUGAUUUGCAGGGAGAAAGUGAAAGUAUAGAGACUGGAAUGUCACAAAGUAGAGAAAUAAAUGAGAACCUGGAAAGUGAUAUGGAGGAAGAAGGAUUGGUUGACACAGAGGAAAGGUUUAAAGUUCCGGUGGUUAAAAGGAAAGCCAAAAUGAAUGAAAAAGGUGUGAAGUCUAAGGCAUUUAGAAAAAGUCAGGAAGUGGUUAAAGGGAAAAAUGAUUGUAACACAGAUGAGUUGUCAGAUAAUUCCUCUUUAGAUGAUUUGUCAGACUAUUCAGAAUCUGUUGAGAAUGAAGAAAGCAAGGAAAGUGGAUAUAGUUUGGAAAGGGUGCAAAGUUUUUUGAGUAGCACAAAAGACAUUCGAAGAAGAGUUACUGGUUUUUAUAAAGAAUUGUAUAGAAGUGAAUAUGAAGAGGACAAUCAGUUGAGUGAGGAUUUUUUGAGUGAAUUACCUCAAGUAGAAGAUGCAGAGAAACCUAAAUUAGGAGCACAACUGACAGAGAGCGAGCUAGAUGAGGGAGGCCAAGGCCUUGUUCACUUGGAAAGUAGAAAAACUGCUUUCAGGUUACAGUUUGUACAAAAGUUUCUCUUUGGUGAAGAAAACAUCUGGAAAGCAGGGGCCAGUUUGAUAUUUGAGCAACGUUUUAAAAGCCUGGAUGUUUUUAACUCCAUCAAGAAGGACAUCUACACUGUCGCUUUUUUGGCUCUUGAAUGA